AUGCUUUCCAAACAAACCCGGGGGGCCCCCCCAGACCCCCGCGGCGCCGCUGCCGGCCCCGAGUUUGGGGGCCUCCCAAUUCCUUACUACAGCGAGGACACAGACGAGGAGAUCUUCGACGGCUCUUCUUCUCGCCGCUUCGAGCCGCUGCAGCCGCUGCAGCAGUUCGCGCUGCAGCAGCAGCAGCAGCCGGUCCCGGGGGCGUACAGUUCCCUGGGCAGCAGCAGCAGCGGCAACUUGGCGGCCGCCGGACCCCCGCCCCGUUGUGGGGAGGGCCCGCUGGGGGCCCCUGGGGGCCCCCCUGGGGGCCCCCAGGGGGUGUUGGCGCGGCGGGGGGGCGCAGAGGCUGGGGCCGGAGUGGUGGAGCCCGCGGGUCUGUUGGGGCUGGAGAAGGAGGGCCACGUUGGCGAGGAAACUUGUUCGAAUUCGGGGAGUCCGCGGGGGGACAGCAGCAGCAGCAGACGGUCACUGUGGCAGCAGUGGGCCGAACACAAUUUGAACUUGGACAGCUACGGGGGAGACCUGGAGCAGCUCUAUUUGGACUGCAACGGGUGGAAGCCUCGUGCUGCUGCUACUGCUGCUGCUGCUGCUCCUGCUGCUGCUGCUGCUGUUGCUCCCAAGUUCAAGAAGCAAACAGCAAUUGUUAAUCCCCCCCUGGUCAACACCAUGGACGCUAGGCACCAGCACGGGCUGCUGUACACUGCAACAGAAGCAGCAGAACCUGCUGCUGCUGCUGCUGCUGCUUCUUCGCUCAACAUUUACUCAGCAGCAGACUUGUCUUUGAUACAAACCACCCAAAUACAAACAAAAGCAAUCAACUGCCUGGACGUUACAAGUGACCUCUUGGCCUGCGGCGACGACAACGGCUGCCUCCACUUCUUCGACCCUUUCACGCUGCAGCGCAGAAGCAAACUGGCCACGGCCCCGGCUGGGUCUUGGGGCUUUUCUUUCGAAAUAAAUGAUUUGCGGAUUUGCCGCGGAGACGGCAAGCUCUUGGCUGUACAGACAGCUCGCCGCUACCCCUUCGGCUUUUUGCUGCUGGACAUUUCCUCGCAAAAGGCCCUUUGCUUCUCCGACAGACAAACCAACGGCUACUGGCUGCAUGCAGUGGACGUGGAACCUUCUCCCUUCUGUCCGUACGGCAGCAGCUGCUGCUGCUGCAGCAGCUGCAGCAGCAGCAGCAGCAGCGUGCUGCGCAGCAGCAGCAGCAGCAGCAUAUUUGCUGUUGGCGAAAGCUCUGCCACCGGCAUUUUCUCGCUGCUGCACUUGGACUGUCGGCUGCAGCAUCCUGUUGUAAUGGAAGUCAAAAGAAACAAACAAAUGCUGUGGCCCCUCAGAGUACAAGACUAUAAUGUUUUUGUAAAUGACAUUUUCCCUCAAGGAGACUUCGAAGGAAGGAUCGAACAGAUCGAUUUCAGAAUGACGCACUCUUCAAACCCCCCGCUGGCCUACGCAGUCGAAGGCCAGCGGGUCGAAGACAUCCGACUCUUCAAGCGGGAGCUGUACGUACUCUCGAGCGCCCCCGAAGGCGAAAUGGCGGUGUGGCGGCCAAGUGUGGGGUGUGGGGUGUUGGGAUCGGGAUCGAUGGGAUCGGGAUCGAUGGGAUCGACGGGGGGAGUUGGGGGGCUGUGGGGCGCAGCAAAAGGGGCCCAAAGAGUUGCUGCUGUCGACAGAUUUGACGCGCACAACUGGAAGGACCCCCUCAAGCUGCUGCUCCUCUAUGAGACAACAGCAGCAGCUGCAGCAGCGGCAACAGCAGCAACAGCAGCAGCAGCAGGCCCAGCAGAUCCAGCCGCAGCAGAUCCAGCAGCCGCAGCUAAUCCAGCAGUAGGUGCAGCAGCAGCAGCAGUAGGUGGAGCAGCAGCAGCAGCUGCAGCAGCAGCAGCAGCACCAGCAAGAGCAGCAGUUUGA